CGCCAUGAGAACCAAACCUAAACACGCCGAGGAUCAGAACACCAACGCUCUCUGGAACUGGGGAGGAAACAAGAAGAAGAUCAGGAAAAGAAUUGAGUUCCCGGUCAACGAAUUUCUCAGCGACGUGAAAGAAAACACAUUAGGACCUGGAGGUGGCAUAGGGCUUGGUUGCGGCGCCGGGUUAGGUUUCGGCAUCGUCGGCGGUGCUGGAUACGGCGGCUGGCCUUGGUCUUGGAACCACUUGAAACUAGUUUUCGGCUUCGGAAUUGGCUGCGGUGUUGGUUUCGGACUCGGAUAUGGGCAAGGAAUCGGUGUCUGUGUAGGGAUUCAUGAUUCUGAAUCAAACCUCUGUAACUAUCUUGGUAAGAAUUGAUUACUUGCGAAGAUCGAUCUGUUUGCAUUAGCAAAUGCUGCAAUGGCGGAAUCAUCGUCUGCUGCAAUGGCGGAAUCAUCGUCUGCUGCAAUGGCGGAAUCAUAGUCUGCUGCAUUGUCUGUGCAUAGUAGCUCAUCAAUGGAUUAACAUUGUCAAGCAUCAUCAUUGUGCUGUUUAUCCCUUGCAUCCAGGGAGGAUCGAAACAAAUUGCAGGCGAGUAAGGCAUCAUUGUUGUGUUCUGCCGCAAACUCUGAUUGUAAUCAUUGAAAGGUAGCAUCUGUUGGUACGGAAACUGAACAUCAAUCGGUCGAACUUCUUCAGGAACUACCGCAGGAAAAUUCAUGUUGUUGAUUAUCCCCUCAGUCAUAGCUGGUAGAUACUGACAUCCUCCAAUUCCUUGUGUGUUAUAACUAACAAGCUCGGACGCCUUUUUCUCAUUGAUUCUAUUCCGAACCACAUCAAGCUUACUGUCGAGUUUGCUAAGAAUUAUCACGAGUUGAUUUCGUGAUAAGCUAUCGAAUCUUUCAUCCCAUAUCGGAUACUUAUCUGAGGUUGUUCCCUUCUGAAGUUGCUGAAGCUCCUGAUCGAUUCUUCUUGUUUUUUCGGUGAAAAAACCCGGGAGAU